AUGCGCGACGGAGGCGAAGGCGCGAAGGCCGGCGGCAAGGCAAUGCAACACCCUUCAACGCCAGGCACCCCUACUGUGUCGCUGGUGCCUGGCGCCGGCGCUGAAGGCGACGCUCGGUCGUUUGGCGGAGGUGGAGGGGUAGCUCCGUACACCGAAAGCUUGGAAGAGCUGGUCCGACUGCUGCGCAUCUACGCCGAGCACCGUGGCGUGCGGGUGAAUCACACGUACGACGCACUUCCGGCAGGCAUCGCUGCAGCUGCAGGCCUCACGGACAGUGGCGAGAGCUUUCAGCGAGGUGCGGGAGCCAAAGUCGCUGGCCUGCAGCUUCCAGGGGCGGAGCUGCUGCAUGGACUGUACGGCGACGACGGUCAGGCAGGCGGUCACCUCUCCGCCAACUGGGUCUUGGAUGAGCCUGAGACAAUCAUGGCGGAACAGGAGGCGUACGUGGAGCGGUACCUGGUCCCCACGCAGGCUGAGGUGGAGGUCACGCCGCUCGGCGUCAUCUCAUCUUACUAUGACAUGCAGGGAAGCCGCAGCCUCCACCGCAUGGCUGCCGAGACGGAGAAGGCAAUGAACGAUGACGGCUACGCGACGUACAUCCAGCGCUCGCGUACGUUCUACGACGUCUCCCACGCGGCACGCCGCGGCUACGGCCAGGAGGGCAGCAUCUUCGUUGCCGUGCCGUUCACGCUCACCGACAUCACGGCCGAGAUGGUGGACACAAUCCGUCGUCGAGCGUCGGCCGUGCCGACUUCGUCGCAGGCCCAGAGGUCCACCUCGAGCUCGCCGCUGGAGGAGAGGGACGACGGCUUCCAUGAGUUGCGGCUCACAGCCGCGCGCUGCGCCAUGACGGUCGGGUCCCUUUUCCGCCAAGCCCACCGCGGCGUCGCGGUGACGGUCGGGACGCUCGACGUGGUUACCGUGAGCGGCGUCUCCUCGGCGGCGGAGCUGGAUUUCGCGAAGGCUUCCGACGUGGUAUUUCCCCUUCGCCCAGAAGACCGAGCCGGCGUUCCGUACACGCGGCGCUACAGCCGCAUCACCUGCGAGCCCCCCGACUUUGCCAGCGGCUGGGACGACGCCAGCUACGGAUUUCACUGGAAGGACAACCUGCGCCGCCGCCGCGUGGUGGUACCCCUGACAAGGCUAGCCGACGCGUCCGCGGCUCAUGCGGGUCUGCUCCGUGGCGAUGGCGCCGCGGCGACACUGGAGCGGCACUUCGACUUCCCGUAUGUGGGGCGCUACGCCACGCUCCAGCUCUACCGGGGCGAGUCAUAUGUGUUCUUCCUGCGCACCGGCUCUCUGGUUCUCCCGAACUGGGACCUGACGCUUCGCUUGCUGUACCUGCGCACCCCGGCCCGGGAUCGCGCUGUACUGAGUAGCCGCCCGACACCACGCGUGGCGUGGACGGCGCUUGCGGCCUCCAUCGCAAAAGUGUGUGACACGAAACCGUUCCUGCCGCUCUCGCUGACGCUGACAUCGCGGCAGCGCAACCGCGAAAACGCGACAGGCGGUGACACGGACGUCGUCACCACCGCGCCACCUCCCGAGAAGAUGGGCAUGCGUCUGUUGGCCGCGCUACCGGCGGACGUGUCGUCGUGGCUGACCGCGGCGCGGAGCGAAGCGGAGCUUGUGCUGUGGCUGGUGACGCCGAGAUGGCUGUGGCCCACAAUGGUAGAGACUCUGGCGGAUUGGCGCCAGCUCGCCUCUUCGCCGGAUUCACCGCCACCAGCGAGCGCGUCCUCUGCACUGCAUGUGCUGUUCGCCAGCGAUGCUGUGCGUGACGUUCUCGGCAACGAGCCAUCAACUCUUAUGCAGGCCGACUUGAAUACUGUUCAGGUGAGCCCUGUGAGGCGCUCUGAUGGCGCCACUGCCGCGGCAGCGUCCCCGCGUGGGCAACGCGUCGUGAGUCUGCGCGGUGGCAGGAGCCCUACAACGAACAGCACGCCACAGGCUGUCCUGUCUGCCAGCCUCACCGCCUCUGAGGUAUACGAGCUGCUGUUCCUGGACGAGAAGCGGCGGCCGAUGCCGGGGCAGCCGAUCGUCCACAUGCCGCAAUCCGAGCCGACGAUAGGGCGGGUACCCUCCCGCGACUCGGGCGCUGCGGCCGUGCGACUCUGUGGGGAGGCGACGUCGGAGACACCGUACUACUCGGCUGCUGACAAGGCGCUGCGGAAGCGCUCCUUCGAGUACUGCUGGCUGAGGGCGCACAGGGGCGCCGUGCGGCAGCAGCUGAACCGCCUCGUGCACUCCACCAAGGCAGUGACAGUGCUGAAGGCGGCCGCGGGCACGAAGGCGCCUGCCGCCGGGGCGGCGGCGCAGUGCAGCAGCAAGAGGAGGCUUCUGGAGGCGGCGAUGGUGCCCCGCUCGAGUGUGUGCUUGGCGGACAUGCGCUACCUUGAGCCGAUGGAGGAGACGCGGCUCACAGGUGCCGGCGGAGGUACGUUGGGCCGCGGUGACAGCGCACACCAGGAGUGGCACGCGGCCGAUCAGCGCUCGCUGCGAGAAGAGAAUGCCUGGUUCACGUCCGCGGCGAACGUGGGCAAGGUUCACGGAGUGGCGACGUCUUCGUUGCUUGUCUCACAAGGCGCUGAUGGGACCGAGAAGCCGCAGCUGAACUCGCCGCGGUCACCGAAGGACGCGCCGCCGAUCCCUGUUGAGCCGACGCCGUACGUACUCCAGGCUGUUGCGUCGUCCGAUCUGCUGUUCGGCCCUGCGGAGGCUUUCUUCGAGUUCGGUACGGAGCACCAGCUGCGUACUGGAGCGCGCAGCCUCUCGGAGCAGCUCGCAGAGCGCCGCCUCCAUCGUCAAGGGCUGACAGCGACGGCCGCGCACGCACGUGUGCCCGAGGCCGUCGAACUCGAUCCCUCUCUGCAGUUUAUGGACAGCGACCUCGAGGAUGUGUACAUGACGCAGGCGCUCUGGACGCGAGGGUGGAACAUCUUUGGGCUGACGGAGCCGGUGGCCGUAGGCACCGGCGAGGAGGAGCUGUCCAGCUCCGCGUCGGCGGCGGCACCGAGAUCAUCUCCCGCGAGAGAUGAUGGGAAAUGCGCAGUGGAUGGGGCGACCGAUGGCGUGCCGUCCGAGCUGAGGAACGCGCGCACCUUCACGCAGGAUAAGUUCUGGGGUUUGGUGAUGGCCCACCGCGAUGCGGGUACGCUGCUUGGCGCCACCGACGCGAGGAACUACACGACUACGCCGCGGGAGAGCUCGCCGCCGCUCUAUCCCUUACGUAGAACUAUGAAGGAGUGGGAGCUGUUCGCUGGCAUCCAGCUGACAACCCUCCGUGACGCGCUGCGCUCGCCGUGA